GAGGUGAUGGUGUGUGCGCUCGCUGCGGUGUGUUUUGCUGCCAUGUUGUUUUAUGGUGUUUUCACUGAGCUUUGCAAGGAGUGGAAAAAGUCCGCUUUAUCUCUCCUGGAGCAGCGGGUUCUCCAUUGACAAGUGAUUCCCUUUGAAAUCGUCACGGAGCCUCUCAGCCAAUCAGCAUCCGCAGCGCCUCUCCAGUCUCCGCUCUCAUCAGCCCUCCCCGCUCCAUAUUUGGGUAAUGACGUAGCGGUCGUAUUCAAAAGGUUCCCCAUAUAUACAUACUAGUGCCUGGGCCCCCGUUCCCAAUAACAGUUACUUUACGCGGUGUUAACUUUGUCACCAGAGCGCAUGAACCGCGCGCACCAGACACACGGAGCUCAUCAUCCUCUCACACCCGGUGACAGACAGAGACAUGCAGCGGUGACCCACGCUCGGCUGGGUUACACACUGUUAUUUGUUAACAAGCUUUAGGGAAAAAGAUCAGACAGACGAGAGAGCGCCAGCGCACCCGGUAGUCUUUUUCUCGGCGCAAUGACGGCGAAAACUUUGGAGAAAGUGCCGGUGAAUCUCGGGGGGUUCGUGCAUCCCGAGAGCGUGUACUCGGUGGAUGACAUCCCAUCCGUGGCUAUCUUCCCCAACACCGAUUUAGGAGCGCAUUACGACCAGAUGAACGUGGCAGCAGAUGGCUUGAUGGGCGCAGACAUUAACGCAGAGAAGCGCUCUCAGGACCUCUCCUCCUACUCCAGCGGCUUCUCUCAGCCCGCGUCCCACCGCAACCAGACCUUCACCUACAUGGGAAAGUUCUCCAUCGACUCCCAGUAUCCAGGUAACUGGAACCCCGAGGGAGUGAUCAACAUCGUCUCGGGCAUCUUCAAUGUGGCCCAGCCACCGCUGCCUCCUCCUCCUCCCUCCUCUUCAGCGUCCUCCUCACCGGUUUCCUCAGGAUCUCCCAAUCACUUCUCCGGCGGAAAUUUGAGUUGCACCAUGGCGGCUCAGAACCAGGCAGAGAUGGACCACCACCACCUGUACUCCCCUCCGCCUCCUUACACCUCUUCUGGCUGCGGGGAUGUGUACCAGGACCCCUCGGCUUUUUUGUCCACAUCUACCUGCCCUAUCUCUUACCCGCCCCCCUCAUACUCUUCGCCCAAGCAGCCCGGGAGCUCAGACGCGCCGGGAAUCUUCCCCAUCAUCCCCGACUACUCGGGCUUCUUCCAGCCGGCUUGCCAGCGGGACAUGCACACGGCAGGUAUCCAAGAUCGGAAACCAUUCGGUCCAUGUCCGCUCGAUACAUUCCGUGUCCCUCCACCCCUGACCCCGCUGAACACUAUCAGGAACUUUACGUUGGGGGGUCCAGGCGGUGGUGGCUCCGAGGGAGGGCCCCCGAGGCUCCCUUCUGCCUACAGUCCACAGAACCUGCCCCUGAGGCCAAUCCUGCGGCCCAGAAAGUACCCGAACAGACCAAGCAAGACGCCCAUCCACGAGCGGCCGUACCCGUGUCCGGCGGAGGGAUGCGACCGACGGUUCUCCCGCUCCGACGAACUGACCAGACACAUCAGGAUCCACACUGGACACAAGCCGUUCCAGUGCCGGAUCUGUAUGCGCAACUUCAGCCGCAGCGACCACCUCACUACUCACAUACGCACGCACACUGGAGAGAAGCCGUUCGCUUGCGACUUCUGCGGCCGCAAGUUCGCUCGAAGCGACGAGAGGAAGAGACACACUAAAAUCCACCUGAGGCAGAAGGAGAGGAAGUCCUCCACUGUCUCCUCUUCGUCGUCCUCUUCAUCCAGCAGCUCCGGAGUGGAGCGGGCGUCAGGCGGCAUCAGCGCAACCAACGGGAUUUGUUCUUAGUUUUCCCGGGAAAACUUUGUUGUCACCAUGGCAGCGUGACGCACACUAACCCCUUAAAAGAAAAGAACAUUU